GGAAGCUGCAGAGCCUGGCUGAGAAGGAGGUCAAGGGGGCAGUGUAUUCCAUGGUGGAAUUCAACGGGAAGCUGUUGGCCAGCAUCAACAGCACGGUCCGCCUCUACGAGUGGACGGGGGGGGCGGAGAAGGAGCUGCGCACGGAGUGCAACCAUUACAACAACAUCAUGGCCCUCUACCUGAAGACCAAGGGGGACUUCAUCCUCGUGGGGGACCUGAUGCGCUCUGUCCUCCUCCUGGCCUACAAACCCAUGGAAGGAAACUUCGAGGAGAUUGCCCGGGACUUCAAUCCCAACUGGAUGAGUGCCGUGGAGAUCCUGGACGACGACAACUUCUUGGGAGCAGAGAACGCCUUCAACUUGUUCGUGUGCCAGAAGGACAGCGCGGCCACGACGGAUGAGGAACGCCAGCACUUGCAGGAGGUGGGGCUGUCCCACCUGGGAGAGUUUGUCAACGUCUUCUGUCACGGCUCUCUGGUCAUGCAGAACCUGGGGGAGACCUCCACGCCCACCCAGGGCUCGGUGCUCUUCGGCACGGUCAACGGCAUGAUCGGACUGGUGACCUCGCUGUCGGAGAGCUGGUACAACCUCCUCCUGGACAUGCAGAACAGGCUCAAUAAAGUCAUCAAGAGCGUGGGCAAGAUCGAGCACUCCUUCUGGAGGUCGUUUCACACCGAACGCAAGACGGAACCGGCCACGGGCUUCAUCGACGGCGACCUGAUCGAAAGCUUCCUGGACAUCAGCCGGCCCAAGAUGCAGGAGGUGGUGGCCAACUUGCAGAUCGACGACGGCAGCGGCAUGAAGAGGGAGGCCACCGUCGACGACCUCAUCAAGAUCGUGGAGGAGCUGACCCGCAUCCAUUAGCCGGAUUCGGGGUCGUUCCCUCACGCCUUCCCCCACGCAGAACAAGGGAGUCUUUUUU